AUGGGGAAACAAAAAAAGCGAUGUGAUGCCUCCAACAUAUCCAACCUUGCAACAUUGACUACUGCUGCACCCAAUGAGAGCGAUAUCUGUGGAUGUCUCAAGACGAGAUAUGAACAACGGCAGCAGUUUACGUGGAUGGGAUCGAAACAGCUGGUGAUGUUGAAAGAGCCACGCACAAUGUCAAUGGACGAAGAGCAUCAGAUGGGAUUGGAUUAUGUUGCUCAAUACAAAGACACAGCGAGUCGACAACAAGACGACAAGAUGAUGAUGCAGCGACCACCACACAUUUAUGAGCUUGUAAAUCGAGUCUAUUUCCAUAUGCGACGAACAGGGAUUGAUCAAGUUGUGACUUUAUGUGGAGUGGUGGGUUCUGGGAAGACAUAUGCUCGGAACAUGGUUACCCGUCAACUGGUGCGACUUGGGAGCUAUAAGAGGGAAAGCAAAAUUCAGACGCAGUUUCUCCAUGCACAACGUGUACUUGAUACAUUUGGCAACGCCACCACUUUACAAAACAAUGAUGCAUCGCGAUUUGGAUAUUAUGCAGAGCUCCAAUUCAAUGAUCGUGGUCGUAUGGCGGGAGCAAAGAUGAUCCAUCACUUGUUUGAUAAGGAACGAUUAUCGAAGACCAAUGAACACAACUUUGCGGUCUUUUAUCAGCUUGUGGCGGGUUGUUCACCAGAAGAACGCAAUGCCCUCCAAUUACAACAAGACCACCAGUUUCGUUACCUGGCGAGCACAACAAAGGGCAUAGAGACAACACCCGAUUCAUUAAAGCAGCUAAAGUCGUCACUCAAACAAGCUGGGUUUCGCCGUGAACAAGUGUCUCGCAUCAUGCAAUUAUUGGCUGCCAUUUUGCAUCUUGGUGAUUUGACAUUCUUGGAUCCUACCAAUAAUCAGGAUGCUGCCUACGUCAAGGAUGUUGAUCAGCUCAAUCUCAUUGCCGACUUUCUUGGAGUGGAUUCACGAGCCCUUGAGAAUGUAUUGGUGUUCAAGACGACGAUGAUACGCAAAGAUUUGACAACAUUGAUAUUGAAUGCCGAUCAAGCUUCGACUCAGCGUGAUGAACUUGCAAAGACACUCUACGCGCUCUUGUUUACAUGGAUGGUGGAAAGGAUCAAUGCCAAACUUUGUGUCGAUGAUGAUGAUGGGGACAGCUUUCGUGCAUUCAUCAGCGUGCUCGAUUUUCCAGGCUUGCAGCAACAAUCACCUAGCAACGACUUUUAUUCAUUCCUUGUCAAUGUGGCUAAUGAGCGUAUACGCAAGUUUACAAUGGAUCACCUGCUUACACAUCAGCAACAAUGGUACGACAACCAAGGCAUUGAUCAUCUUGUUACACGUGUGGCACCUCUCACAAGCAUUGACAAACUGACGGACCUGUUGGAGCGACCAUCACGUGGCGUGUGCGCUGUAAUCGAAAGCAUGACUGAGAAAAAGAAAAAGAAGGACAUCUCGGAUACAGAUAUGGUGGAUUCACUCAUCAAAUACAAUGGCAACCAUGACAACUUCUCCAUCCAUAAUGCACCAGGCAGUCAGCAACGUCAAUUUGCGAUCCAACACUUCAAUGUCCAUCAAGUAGUGUAUGACCCCAAUGGCUUUUUGGUGGCUAAUCGGAAUCAAAUAUCCGUCGAUUUCGUUUCACUUUUCUUGGGUGGUGUCGGGAUGCAGCCAUCAUGGAACGCAUUUAUUAUGGAGCUGUGGCAAAAGGAUAUGCUCAAUAUUCAAACACAUCCAAGGAAUCCAGAUGCCAUUGUAUCAGCGCAACAACACAUCAAUCGUAUGCCAUCACGUCGUCAAAGCCAGCGACAACAACAAUUGAAAAAGAAGCAGAAUAAGGAUGAUCACAACAACAACAACAACAACGCUGCGACUACUAGCAUAAGCCAACUGUAUGCAUCGUUUGAUGAAAUGAUUGACUCACUCAAGGAAGCUAAUUUGUGGGCCGUUUAUUGUAUCCAACCCAACACAAAACAGCAGCAGGCCAUUUUCGAUACCUCAUGCGUCAUUGAGCAAAUCAAAAUGUUCGGCAUGGCAUCCAUUACUCGCACAUCAGUUACACAGCAUACAAUUUGUUAUACGCAUCAUGAAUUCCUUGAACGUUACGAUCGACCGCUACAGCCAUUAGGGCUUUUGCAUCAUGGUUCUCCUCGAUCACAAUUGGAAAAUCUUGCACAGGAUUACAAAUUAUCACAUUUGGAUGCUAUCGUUGGUGAUUCAAAGAUCUUUUUAUCGUUCGAUGCAUGGCGGAUGUUUGAGGAUCAGUUACGGGAAUCGGAAAAGAGAGAGCAAGGAGCAAACAAACAACAAACACAGCAUGCACCACCACCUCAACAAGAUGAGAUAUCCGAGGCACCACAACAGCAUCCUUUACGUAGUAGCGAGCACCACCACCCUUCUGGAUCCUCUUAUUCUGAUGACGAAGUUUAUGUUCAACACCCAAGCAGCGACAAUAACAAUGACAACUCGGUGUAUGGAUCUGACAGCUAUACCUAUGAUGAUAUGAUGUUACAUAAUCAACAACGCAACAUGGAGCCUGACAAUCUCGAUGAGACGGAUGAAGAUGAAUCCAAGCAGUCAGCUACAAGAAGACGAUGGUUAUUUUUCGUGGCUAUUUGUACCGGAUGGAUCCCAUCCAAAUGUCUCGUAUGGUGCGGUGCCAUGAAGCGCAAGGAUGUGCGUAUCGCAUGGCGUGAAAAAGUGACGCUGUGUAUGUUGAUUGCUCUCAUGUGUGCGGUGAUUAUUUGGUUUCUGGUCUUUUUCGGCGAGCUUGUAUGUCCCCAUCAAGCUGUUUAUUCAGAAGAUGAGUUGGCAAGCAAUAGCCAAAAGGACAAAGCCUAUGUGGCGAUUCGUGGAGAGGUGUUUGAUUUGACCGGCUUUGCCCCUCAUCAUUAUCCUAGCAACAUCAUCCCCAUGGAUACGGUGCUUGAAUAUGGUGGCCAAGAUGUUAGCGAUCUCUUCCCUAUGCAAGUGUCAGCUCUUUGCGAUGGGGUCACUGGCGAAGUAUCUCCUUACGUAUCGUUGAAUUACCAGGUGAAUUUGACGGAUGACAAUGCCCAGUAUCAUGAUUUCCGAUAUUCCUCUGGAUUCUAUCAGCCUGAUUGGUACUACCAGCAAAUGAUGAUGCUACGAAAGAAUUUCAAGUUGGGUCAUAUGGGAUACGAGCCAAAAGCCGUCAAUGAUCAAGCAAGCUCUGAAACGACUCAAAAUGGGAUCAAAACGACACGAAAAUGGGCUUACAUUGAUAACCAUAUUUACGAUUUGACAAUGUACGAUAUGGGUGGCCGAUAUGCAGCAGCACCACCUGAUCAACAACCGCCAGCUGAUAUCGACCUGAAUUUCAUGCAUCCAUCUGUUGUGGCAUUGUUUCGACAAAAAUCCGGUGGCGAUAUUACGAAGGAUUGGGCUGAUCUUCCGCUCCCUGCAGCUGUCAAGCAACGACAAUUGGUGUGUCUACGCAACCUCUUUUUCGUUGGCAUGUUGGAUACAAGAAAUUCUGCCAGGUGUCAAUUUUCAACGUACCUCUUGCUCAUUGUCACGUGCCUCUUGUGCGCUGUUAUUGUAUUCAAGUUUGUGGCAGCUUUCCGCAUUGGCAGCAAACGUGUACCUGAGGAAUUGGAUAAGUUUGUUAUCACUCAAGUGACAUGCUAUACCGAGGAUGAUGAGUCAUUACGAAAGACGAUCAAUUCUUUGGCCACGCUUCGAUACGAUGAUAAGAGGAAGCUGCUUUUUAUCAUUUGCGAUGGGAUGAUUGUUGGCAGUGGCAAUGAUAGACCUACUCCACGCAUCGUGCUUGAUAUCCUUGGUGUUGACUCGCAUGUGGAUCCAGAGCCACUUCCCUUCUUUUCGGUUGGCGAAGGUCAAAAGCAGCACAACAUGGGGAAGAUCUAUUCUGGGCUGUAUGAAACAACAGGCCAUGUGGUACCCUACUUGGUAGUCGUCAAAUGUGGCAAGCCAACAGAGCGACAAAAACCUGGCAACCGUGGCAAGCGUGAUUCACAGCUCAUUUUGAUGGAGUUUCUCAACUGUGUGCACCAUGACUCGCCCAUGUCACCUCUACAGCUUGAGAUGUAUCACCAAAUGAAGAAUGUUAUCGGCGUUAGUCCUCACCUCUAUGAAUACGUGCUGAUGGUGGAUGCGGAUACCGAAGUGAUGCCUGAUAGCCUUUCGUUUAUGGUAUCUUCAAUGUCGCAUGAUUCCAGGAUUAUUGGUCUGUGCGGAGAAACCGAAUUGAACAAUCGCAAUGCUAGCUGGAUCAGCAUGAUACAGGUCUAUGAAUACUUUAUUUCACAUCACAUGAUCAAAGCCUUUGAAUCACUCUUCUCCACUGUUACAUGCUUGCCUGGAUGCUUCACAAUGUAUCGGAUCCGGAGUAUCGAUGGAAGAAGAGCCCUUUUUUGCAGCAAUGAUAUCAUCAAUGAUUACCAUGUCAACAAGGUCGACACGCUGCAUAUGAAGAACCUGCUGUAUCUUGGAGAGGAUCGCUAUUUGACGACAUUGCUGUUGAAGCAUUUCCCAAGCUACAAGACCAAAUUCGUAUCGCACGCUCAAUGCAAAACCAAUGCACCCGAUCAGUGGAGUGUGCUUGUUUCUCAACGACGACGAUGGAUUAAUUCGACUAUUCACAAUCUUGGCGAACUCGUUUUCUUACCUCGACUAUGUGGUUUUUGCUGUUUCUCAAUGAGAUUUGUGGUAUUGAUGGAUUUGAUCUCGACGCUGGUCAUGCCUGCUAUGGUGGGGUAUCUCGGUUAUUUGAUCUACAAGUUGGCGACCAUGAAGGACACGAUCCCGAUAUUGACCAUCAUUGUUUUGGGCGGAACGUAUGGACUGCAAGCGUUGUUGUUUAUUGUGAAACGGCGUUGGGAGUAUAUCAUGUGGAUGUUGGUGUCGAUCUUCGCCAUCCCAGUGUUUUGGUUCUACAUUCCGCUGUAUUCAUAUUGGCACUUUGACGACUUUUCAUGGGGCAACACACGUAUCGUUGUUGGAGAGAAAGGCAAAAAGAUAGCAGUGGGCGAAGAAGAAGAGUUUGAUCCAAAGUCAAUCCCUACAAUGACAUGGUCAAAAUACGAAAAGAUGCUCUUGGCUGAGGAUUAUUGGAGCGAUGGUAUGUCUCAGGGCAGCAGCAGCAAUAGUAGAAGCAGCUACACACACCAUAGCCGAGUAAGACCACCAGCAACAACGCUCUUAAACAACAAUAGUCGCGACAAUUUGAGUAUGGGCUAUCCUCCACUUUCGGCUGUGCCUUCCACCACUGGAUUUUAUACUACGGAAGGUGCUAGUAUCAUGAUGCCGUCAUCUGCAUCAAUCCCCAUCAUGCCUAUAGGAUAUCCUGCACCUGUGUCUACUGGCAACGUACAACAGCAACCAUCACAUGGAUCAAUGAACUCCUUUUCCCAUAUCCAAGAUCAUCAAUGGCAACAACAACAACGACCUCAGUUUAUGCACAUGCAUUCUUCAGCAACCAUGGUACCUGAUGCAGCAAUGGAUGGUAGCUCAUUGGAUGGCAUGCAAGGUGGCACAGAUCGUCCAACCAACGAGGAGGUUUUGUCUCAAGUCAAGCGCAUUCUCGCGACCUCUGAUCUUACCAGAGUGACCAAGAAACAAGUGCGUGAAGAACUGCAACGAGUAUUUGGUGUUUCUAUGGCAACGCGCAAAGAUUACAUUAACAGCUGCAUCGAAGGCGUUUUACAAGGUCGCCUAUAG